AUGCUAAUAAAGAGGAAGGUAGAAAUCAUUAUAAGUAAAAGACAACAAAUAAUAAGAAAUAAUGUAAUUAAUGUAUUCCAUCAGUCUCAAGCAAAGGAUGUUAAAAAUAAGUUCAAAGAACUACCAGUUUAUCCAGAAAAAUUUUUAAGAAAGCUCAAAAUUAAAGAGAAUGCAUUUUUAUUAUUAGAUGAUUUGGUUUUGCGUGAUCUUGUAAAAAAGAAUAUAAUUUUGACAAGAUCACCAACGACACAAAUAUUUACUUAUAGUGUAUUUAUUAUUGGCAUUGCAGAUGAAGCUAUUACUAAAACUAAUACAGAAGAUUGA